CUCACGACCCUCGUCGCCUCCCGGGAUGGCGGCUGGUGGCGACGUCUGCGGGCCCGACGGCUACCGCUCCCCGCUCUCCUCCCGCUAUGCCAGCCCGGAGAUGUGCUUCGUGUUUAGCGACAGGUACAAGUUCCGGACGUGGCGGCAGCUGUGGCUGUGGCUGGCGGAGGCCGAGCAGACAUUGGGUUUGCCUAUCACAGAUGAACAAAUCCAGGAGAUGAAGGCAAACCUGGACAACAUCGACUUCAAGAUGGCAGCCGAAGAAGAGAAACAGUUGCGACAUGAUGUCAUGGCUCAUGUGCACACCUUUGGCCACUGCUGUCCAAAAGCCGCAGGCAUUAUUCACCUUGGUGCUACCUCCUGUUAUGUUGGAGACAAUACAGACCUGAUCAUUCUUAGAAAUGCGUUUGACCUACUUUUGCCCAAGCUUGCCAGAGUGAUCUCUCGACUCGCUGACUUUGCCAAGGAGCGCUCAGAUCUACCUACCUUAGGCUUCACACAUUACCAGCCUGCUCAGCUAACCACAGUUGGGAAACGUUGCUGUCUUUGGAUUCAGGAUCUCUGCAUGGAUCUCCAGAACUUGCAGAGGGUCCGCAAUGACCUGCGCUUCCGGGGGGUGAAGGGCACCACUGGCACACAGGCCAGCUUCCUGCAGCUCUUCGAGGGAGAUCACCAGAAGGUAGAACAGCUGGACAAAAUGGUGACAGAAAAGGCAGGAUUUAAGAGGGCUUUCAUCAUCUCAGGGCAGACGUAUACACGAAAAGUGGACAUCGAGGUGCUGUCUGUGCUGGCUAGCUUGGGGGCAUCCGUGCACAAGAUUUGCACAGACAUACGCCUCCUGGCGAACCUCAAGGAGAUGGAGGAACCCUUUGAAAAACAGCAGAUUGGCUCAAGUGCAAUGCCAUACAAGCGGAACCCCAUGCGUUCAGAACGUUGCUGCAGCCUUGCUCGUCACCUGAUGACGCUGGUCCUGGACCCGCUGCAGACUGCUUCCGUGCAGUGGUUUGAGCGCACACUGGAUGAUAGUGCUAACCGACGGAUCUGUUUGGCCGAAGCCUUUCUCACUGCAGAUACCAUAUUGAAUACACUGCAGAACAUUUCAGAAGGAUUGGUGGUGUACCCCAAAGUAAUUGAGCGGCGCAUUCGUCAAGAGCUGCCAUUCAUGGCCACAGAGAACAUCAUCAUGGCAAUGGUCAAGGCUGGGGGUAACAGGCAGGAUUGCCAUGAGAAAAUCCGAGUGCUUUCCCAGCAGGCAGCAGCCGUGGUCAAGCAGGAAGGGGGUGACAAUGACCUCCUGGAGCGGAUCCAGGCUGAUGCCUACUUUAGCCCCAUUCACUCCCAGUUGGAGCGUUUGCUGGAUCCCGCUUCCUUCACUGGCCGUGCACCUCAGCAGGUGCAGAGGUUCUUAGAAGAAGAGGUGUAUCCCUUGCUAGGACCAUAUGAAAGUGUGAUGAAGGUGAAAGCAGAACUAUGUCUGUGAUGCUGGGAAAGAAUUAAGUGAACACUACUGAGAGUUUGUCACUUUUUUAUUGGGCCAUGAAAAUAGUGUUAUUACAAUACCUCACUUUACCUCAAGAACUGACGCAUUAGGACUACAGGUGUGGCUCAAGUGAUAGACUAAGCAGUGAGCAAAAAAGCCAAGUGAGAGCACAGGGCCCUGAGUUCAAGCCUCAUUAAUGAUACACACACUAAAAACUUGCUGCCUUAACGUUAAUACAGUGUUUCUGUAGUGCUUCACUUGCCUUGGAGUUUGCAGAUGCCCAGUGCAUUGUUGAUUUCAUUCUGUAUAGCAACUCAAACUACAUAAUAAGCAUGCCUCACUCCUGCUCUUUCAUGGCUGUCUCAAGUCUACAGGUGGCUGAGGGAUUAUGAGUAAUACUCAUCAUAAGUGAAAAUCAAACACGCAAGUUUAGCCUAAUGUGCUCGGAACACUUACAUUAACCUAACCUUAGGAAAAACCAUUAGUAAGGCCUGUUUAUAAAAGGAUGGUGACUUGUUAAAUACCGCACUGAUGACAAAGCAGGAUGUUUGUAUGAGUAGGCCAUUCCACCAUGUAACAUCUACAGUUUGACCUUUUACUUGUGUAGUCCUUCGCAUCUGUUCACUUAACUCAGCAAGAAAUCCUUGUCGUCCCUCCUGGAGGCGGUCUUCAUCUAAGACCUAAAGCCAGUAGAUACCUUUGUAUUCAAUCAAUUUCUGCUAGAAUAAGUAAUAAGAGUUGAAUUGACAAUAAAUACACAAAUAAAUGGAUAUAAUUGCCAGA